GAUACACUUUUAAAGGAAUUAAAUAUCAUUUGAGGGUCCGAUCUCGAUUCGGCAGCUUUGCUUUAUCGCAACCUCUGACACGUUUCCUUGAGAGUGUUCAGAUCCAAUGCACACACGGCGAAGCGAUACCAUUUAUCCGUUAUUGGAUUUUCAUGCCUUUAUAAUGCGUGCAUUGCUUUGUCCCUGCCAUCAUUCACCAAAAUGCCUCCUAUCAACACUGCAGCAUGGUUACCAGCCAAACAGGCCAACCCAUUGGAAGUUAAGUCUGCACCCUAUACACCUCCAAGUGCUGACCAGGUCGUUGUCAAGAACCAUGCAGUGGCCAUCAAUCCCGUCGACUAUAUAAUUCAAAAUAUGGGCAAUCUUAUUUUCGCCUGGCUGAAAUACCCUUUCAUCUUGGGGACCGAUCUUGCUGGCGAAAUUGUCGAAGUCGGUGGCGAUGCUGCGUCUCGUUUUAAGAUCGGCGAUCGCGUCCUGGCUCUUGCUGCUGGUACCGAUCGAGAUCGCAAUAAUCCAGCCGAAUGCGCUUCCCAAAAUUACACUGUUGUACCUGCUGACUUGGUGGCUCACAUUCCUGCCAAGUUAAGCUAUGAAGAAGCUGCUGUCCUUCCACUAGGUCUGGCUACUGCAGCUUCCGGUCUGUUCUUGAAAGACUUUCUGGGUUUGGAACUUCCCACUGUACCUGCUCGACCAUCGACUGGCAAGACCCUCAUCGUGUGGGGCGGCUCUACCAGUGUUGGCUGCAAUGCGAUUCAACUGGCUGUUGCAGCAGGCUACGAGGUGUUUACCACAGCAUCUCCCAGAAAUUUCGAAUUGGUUAAAAAACUGGGUGCCAGCCAAGUGUUCGAUUACAAUGAGAAAACUGUCAUCCAGGAUAUGAUCUCCGCUUUGAAGGAGAAGGACCUGGCGGGUGCACUGACCAUUGGUCCUGGUUCAGUCUCUCUCUGUCUUGACAUUCUGAGCAAAACCAAAGGUUCAAGAUUCGUAGCCGAUGUCAGUGGACCUGGUCUAGCAUCGAAUUCUUCAAAGUUAUCAACAUUACAGCUUGUUCCGUUCGUCGCCAAUUUUCUCGCCUUCAAUGCAUCUCUCAAGUGGAAGAGUGUACGUACAGGCGUGAGUACCAAAAUGGUGUAUGGCACCGACAUCAAAAAGAACGAGGUUGGUCUUGCUAUCUUCCGAGACUUUCUUCCAAAGGCUUUGGAGUCUGGUCAGUAUGUCUGCGCUCCAGAGCCGCAAGUAAUUGGCCAUGGACUCGAGCACAUCCAGCCAGGAUAUGAUCUUUUAAGCAAAGGAGUUUCAGCAAAGAAGAUCGUUGUUACCUUGUAAUGAGAUGUAGUAUAAACAACCUAUUUUAAUAACCAUCAGCGCUGUGAUGAAGAAAUUGAUAUUGAUGUGCAUCAUUCUAAUAAAUUAGGCAACGUCCUGCGUAUGAUAUGUGAAAGAGA